AUGCUCAUAGUAUAUCUUAAACAUGCUUGUGGAAUGUUCAGAAUUGCCAGUUAUCGUAUCAAGCAGGCAAUGACAAUUAAUAUUUUACAAAAAUGUCAGCAGAAUGACACUCUAAUUUAUAAGGAAAUAAUAUGUGCCAUAGACAUUCAUCGUAAAGCUAUGAAAUUUGCUGAAUGUUUAAUAAGCAACUUUGAAGGUUCCUUCUUCUUUCUGAUAGCUGUUAGUGUAUCUUGCCUGAGUCUCAAUUUUGUCCGAAUAUUCCAAAUUAUGACGCUUAAUAUUGAUAUAGAUGAAUUUUUAUUACACUCUGUGGUUAUAGGUAUCAUUAUUUUAUACAUGUUCUUAGCCAACUAUGCAGGACAAGAAAUCACGGAUCAUAAUAAUGACGUAUUUUCCGCCGCAUAUAACGUUCAAUGGUAUAUAGCUCCUUUGAAUAUACAGAAGUUGAUACUAUUUCUCUUACAAAGGGGUAGCAAAACUUUCAGCCUGAAUGUUGGCGGAUUGUUUGUAGCAUCCUUAAGAUGCUUUGCCUCGCUAACGAGUACAUCGAUAUCUUAUUUCACCAUGAUGUAUUCUACGCAGCAAUGAUAUGAAGAGACAUAAUCGUCUAAUAAAGUACUAGAAUAGAGUAGAGGAAGAAAGAGGAAGAAAGAAAAA